AUGCGACAAACGUCACCUGCGAUGCCCUCUCGGGCGCCUGAGCCGAGCCACCGGCAUGGAUCGCCUUCAGGGCCUUGGCCUUUCUUUGACAUUGACGAUGAGCUUGACGCUGAUCAAUCGGAGGACACGGAAAGUCACUGGUCAAUGACCUCGUCUCCUUGUCAUCAUGUAAGGGGGAUAGAAGACGACAAGUGUUGGUGCAAAUACCCUCAAUCUCUCUUCCGAAAUUGGACGCCGAGACGGCAGAAGAAAAGCAAGAUUUCCGAGGUGGUGGAGAAGUCUACGGGGUUGUGUACUAUCCAUUAUGCGGAUGUGCUACAGGAUGGAGAGUUCGUUCACGCAGGUGCCCAUGAGGUACAGGAGUCAAACGUUGAUGAAUAUUGGGGGUUUAUUUCGCAAGGGCGUCCCACAGGCGUACGAUGUCGAGCACUAUUCAUCGACCACCUCAGCGGGCCCGUGUUACAGAUGCUCGGUGCGAAAUACAUCAUUGAGCCUUUCUACUUCUCUUCUUCACUUGGCUGGAUACCUUCUCGUUAUCAGUCAAACAAGGCUCCCAGAGGCGACCAUAUCACCAUUACACUGACAUUUGCAAGGACGAUGCGUAACCCAACCACGGUACCGCUAGUCCCAAACUCGAGUAUCCGUUCCGCUAGCACUGCUGACACGCUCGCACAUGGGCCGCCAAUCGCGAUUGAUACACAAUUGCCAUUGCCACUCCAGUCCAAUGGCAUACUUGUUUACGACCUUCUUGCUCUGCACAUGGUCCGAUCUGAGGAAUCGAACACCAUCAUCUCCUAUCAUCCUGGCAACAACCAUUUAGCAACCACUGCUGAGGCCCUUCAUCAUCGUUUCAAGCUGAUUGGGCGCUCGGUGUAUUGGAGCUCGAUAUUCAAGGAGACGAAUGACCCUACCUUGUUCUUGCUGAGCCUGAUGUGGUAUCCUGUGUAUUGUUGGGACGAAGUUUUUGAAACCUUAUACUACCACAUCUGUGAUCUGGUGAGCCUCGCGAUUCUUCACAGCCGUUCUCAGUUAAUAGGCUUGCAGGAAUCCACGGUCUUAACUACGAAUGACACGAAUCUCACUCACAAACUUCACGCAAUACGAGCACAUUUGUUACACUACCAAGCUUUGCUCGACGAUUUCCGCAAGACUAUUACGUUUAUCAAGCAAACUCCCUUCCCCGCUUUAAAUGAUUCGGAUGGAUACCCUCCACGUAGCAGUGAGAUCUCACAGCAACUUUUGGAGACGGAAUCUGCAAAUUUGCUGCGGGAAAUACAGCGGCUAGAGGACACCAAGGAAUUGCAGGAACGAAGGUUGAAGAAUGUCAUGAACCUCACCUUCAGCAUCGUCAAUAUUGAUGAUAGCAGAGACACGCGGAAACUAACGGAAGCGUCCGUCCGAGAUAGCGCUGCCAUGAAACAAAUUGCCUAUCUCACCAUGUUCUUCUUACCAGCUACAUUUGUUGCUGGAAUAUUCGGGAUGAACAUCAGGGAAAUUAACCCAGGGACUAAGGGCACCCUACUUCACUUUUUCGUGGCUGUGAUUCCGUUGACGCUUAUAACAAUCUGGUUGAUUGUCGCCUACCAGAUACAAGCUACUAUUCCUCGAUUGAAGUUUAAACGCAGUGAGGAUGAGGGCGCCGAGGCUGAAGACUUGGAAGGGCGCUAUAUGCUAUAUGAUGGCACUACCCGGCUCAAAACACUUAGUUGGUGGACGAGGUUGUCCUGGCCUGUUGUAUUGGUCUCUUCCCUGUUUGAAAAAAAGAUCUGGAAGAAGCGUAGGCAGAACCUUGGGAAUUGGUGUGGUAUCUCUGGUUGUUAA